GAGUAAAAGAAGAGAGGAGAAAACCCUUAAGCAUCGUUUUAGUAAAGUAAGUAAAUUUCUGGCAGUUGAUCCCAGGUUUAGUCUGUAUUUUAGUUGGAAAAAAGUUAGAGAGAGAGGGAGUAGAGAGAGAAAGCUAAAAGCUUUGGAUUAUUUUUGCAAGUUUUGUGUUCGCUUUCAUUGAAUUCCCUUUCAGACAAAGAGUUGUGAGAGAAGGGAAAGCUGGGCACAGAGAGAGAGAGACAGAGAGAGUGGGUGGUUUUUCUGUGUGAGAGUUGACCCAUUGUCCAGCCCAACCGACCAUGGCACUCCCGUGAGAGGGACCAGAGCAAAAUUAAAGGCAGGGCGCUUAUCCAGCACACACAAUACAACCCUUCAGUUUCUCUUAUCCUGCACCCUCAUCACUGUCCACUCCCUCUUCCCAGUCUCCCCAAUGUUCCUAGGGAACCCUACCAGGCUGCCCUUGCAUUCAGUUUUGUGGGUUAUCAAAACCAACCUCUAACCAUAACCGUCUUUGGCACCAGAUGUUGUUUACCCCCUUCAUAAUUUCACUGCCGUGGCCUGAUCUGAUUGGAUUUGCAGUUGUUUCUUUGAAAACAAAUUACCCUUUUGAGAUUAUUUGCUGCAAUUCUCAGAUUGAUUCUCAAUUGGAUCUGAGUCUCUGUAAAGAUAUUUAUUGCAGAGAAAAGUAUCUUCUUUUCAAGCAACAGGUUGUGUUAUUCCAUUGAGUGUUGGUAUAUGAAUGUGGUGGGAUUAUGUGAAAUGCAAAGGCUGUCAAGUAUGUAAAUUUGGUUUGAUGAAAUGAAACAAUCAAAUUCCAUCAAUGUGGUCUGAAUUGGAUUUGGAUAGUGUGGAUGGAUGUGCGUGAAUCAGCUCUAGCAGCGCUGAGGAAGAAAACAGCCGUGGAGACCCCAAGACCGCCGUUGGUUCCGGCGGAGAGGAACAACAAUGCAACCACCACCCGCCGCCCUCGAACGAGGGAAGUUAGUUCUAGGUACAAGUCUCCCUCUCCAUCCUCAACAACUCCCUCAUCACCUUCUGGAGCUCGGCGUUGCCCAUCUCCAACCCUUACAAGCACCUCACGUCCAUCAUCGCCAUUGGUGUCCAAAAGAUCCCAAUCUGUUGACAGGAAGCGACCUUCGACGCCCACUUCCCCGCCAAGUCCAUCAACACCGGUCCGCGAUGCAGGUGUGCAAUUUUCGUCCAGAAGACUCUUAAACGGUCGAAUGCCAGAGGGUUUAUGGCCUUCCACUAUGAGAAGUUUGAGUGUUUCCUUUCAGUCUGAUAGCAUUUCAAUUCCUGUUAGUAAGAAGGAAAAACCAGUGUCGAGUGCUCUGUCUGACCGCACUUUGAGGUCAUCUUCGAAUGUGGCUCAUAGGCAGGCCGAAACACCUGCUGCUCCAAGAAAGCUUACACCGGAGAGAAAAAGGAGCCCUCUUAAAGGCAAAAAUGCUCCUGAUCAAUCAGAGAAUUCUAAGCCGGUUGAUGGCUUGCAUUCCCGAUUGAUAGAUCAGCAUCGAUGGCCAAGUAGAAUAAGUGGGAAAGUAUCUUCGAAUUCAUUAAAUAGAAGUGUGGAUCUUGGUGCUAAAAUUGUCAGGCUUGUUGCGCCAACUCCCGGAGUUGGGUUGUCUACGCUUAGGAGAACGCCACCAUCUGAUUCUUCGGGCAAAUCUUUACAAAAAUCCGCCAGUGAUACUGCUGCAUUAUUACCGCUUCAUCAAAGCUGUAAAGCAGGACUAGGAGCAAAUUCAGUUGACGGUAAUUCCCUGCAGGUAUCCAGACCUCACAAGCUUGCCUCCACAAGUUUAUCGGACAGGUUGUCAUUAACAUCUCAUUCACUGAAAUGUCAAUCUUUGCCUAGUACUCCAUCACAAUCACGACCGUCCUCACCUAGUAAGAGCUCAAUGUUUUCAUCUUCUGUUACAAGAGGUUUAAGCCCGUCUCGAUCAAGACCAUCUACUCCUCCUUCUAGAGGAGUUAGUCCAUCUAAGGCAAGGCCAUCCAGUACGUCCAGUCAAUCAAGCAGUUCAACAUCUGUGCUUAGUUUCAUUGCAGAUUUUAAGGGGAAAAAGGGUGCAAGUUACAUUGAAGAUGCUCAUCAGUUGCGUUUACUUUACAAUAGAUGUUUGCAAUGGCGAUUUGCUAAUGCAAGGGCAGAGGUUGUACUUUAUGUUCAGAAAGUAAAUGCAGAGAGAACUUUAUUGAAUGUGUGGAACAGUACAAUAAGCUUGUGGGAUUCAGUAAUCAAGAAACGAAUCGAUCUCCAGCAGUUGAAGCUUGAACUUAAGCUGAAGUCAGUAUUGAAUGAUCAAAUGGCCUACCUUGACGACUGGGGUUUACUUGAAACCGAGCAUAUUGCUGCAUUCUCGGGGGCUAUGGAAGAUUUGGAGGCAAGCACCCUACGUCUUCCAGUGACUGGAGGGGCAAGGGCAGAUUUGGAUUCUUUGAAGGUAGCUAUCUGCUCAGCGGUUGAUGUGAUGCAGGCAAUGGCAUCCUCCAUAUGCUAUUUGCUCUCACGGGUGGAGGGCGUGCACAGUUUGGUUUCUGAACUUGCUGUUGUAGCAGCACAGGAGAAAGCCAUGCUUGACGAGUGCGAGGCGCUGUUGGCUUCAGCAGCAGCUAUGCAGGUGGAAGAAUACAGCCUGAGGACCCAUCUCUUGCAAACGAAACAAGAAAUGGGAAAAGCGAGCGCUCAAUUUUGGCAACCAAGACUUGUUCUUGAUCCUGACUAGCUUCAAAGCCAACAAUAUAAGCUCGCUUUGUCAAUUCCGAAGGGAUAAAUAUAUACCGGGGCAGAGAUAAAUGUCUCCGUCGGUUCUCCGUGAAUGUAAAUUGAUUCUUCUGUUUUCCUUGGAAUGUCAUCUUUCUCUUUUCCAAAAUUUUUUCUCUUCUUUCUGAGCAGAGGGCCGUCGGCUCCAUGAAAAGGAAAUGCAAAGGAAUCAAAGGAUUGGAAUUCAGUGUAGAAGCAAAAGUUUCAAAGGAAAUGAAAUAGGAAAUCGUCGUAAUUACCAAUGUUCUAUUUAUGCUGCCUUGGAUUUGAGUUCUACUUGUUUUAGGGCUCGUUUGGAACUGCUUUUAAAAUGACUGAAAGCGUUUUUAGACUCCUUCA